CCGCGACGUGCGGAGCCACUGGGCCCCCGGAGAGGCCGGCCCAGCUCUCCCCCCUCCUCCCAGCGCGUUCGCGGAGCCGGAGGGCCCGGGCCGCGGGCGUUGGGCUGAGCCGUGCGGCCGCCCGGUGAGAAGAGAGAAAAUGAGCCUCCAGUGGGCGGCGGUCGCCACCUUUCUGUACGCCGAGAUAGGGCUCAUUCUGAUCUUCUGUCUGCCCUUCAUCCCUCCUCAGAGAUGGCAGAAGAUUUUUUCAUUCAGUGUCUGGGGUAAAAUUGCAAGUUUCUGGAACAAGGCUUUCCUUACUGUGAUAGUCCUUUUGAUUGUUUUAUUUCUAGAUGCUAUAAGGGAAGUAAGGAAAUACUCUGCUACUCCAGUCAUUGAAAAGACCUCAACCAGCAAACCUAAUGCCUAUGAGCAUAUGCAGAUGAAACUUUUUAGAUCUCAGAGAAAUCUCUACAUUUCUGGUUUUUCUCUAUUUUUUUGGCUAGUAUUGAGACGUCUGGUUACCCUUAUUACUCAGCUGGCAAAAGAAAUGACACAAAAAGCAGUACUUAAAAAACAAGCAGAAAAUACCUCUGAGGCAGCCAAAAAAUUCAUGGAAGAAAAUGAAAGACUUAAACAGAUGUUGAAAAGCUGUGGCAAGGAAGAGGAAAAUGAUUUGGAAGAAGAAAACAGAAAAUUAUUAGAAGAACAGGAAAAACUGCAAAUGGAAUUAAGAAAGACAUCAGAUGCACUUUCUAAGGCUCAAACUGAUGUGAUAACAAUGAAGGUGCAAUCAGACAGACUGUCAAAAGAGUAUGACCGACUCCUGAAAGAGCACUUGGACCUUCAGGAUAUUUCAGGAAAAGGUAGAAAGAAGAGCCUGUGAACGUUAUAGAAGAUUGUGUUGCACCAUGUCAGGAUGAUAAAAAAUGUUACCCUGUCUGGAAAAUGAACAGUUCACUUCAGAAAGAUGAAGUAGCUAGGGUCAACCAAUAACUAUUUAACAUUGAUAUAUAGGCUAUGUUACAAUGGUAUUUUUGUAGUAUGUAAUGAUGUUUCAGGUUAUAAUAAGUGGCCUAUAUUCUAACUCUUAAGAAAAAUGCAAGCAUGUCAAAUACACUAUUUUUAUGUUGAUAGUAAUAUGUAUAUGGUAGCUGUACACAUAAAGGGAAAAAUUCUUUUAGCCAUUUACUUCCAAAAUUAGAUAUUUCAUUUGCUUGAAACCAUUCAUAGCUUUCAAAGUUUUGAUGAACUUCCAUUAAAAAUAAUACUGUCUAAUCAGAUAAUGAUAGCAGCUAGAUAUUUAGAAAUAGUUAGCAUCAUAAUUGUUUACAUAGAUUAGCUGUAGAUCAGAUAAAGAAUUAGCCAUUCCUUUGAGUAGAGUUUGAAACAAACAAAACAAUGACCCUGACCUCAUUUGGGUGUGUUUAAGCCUGAUAAUACUAGGGUUUACUCCAGACAACUUUAGCAAUAGUUCGAUUAAUGUGCUUUCUACACCCAUUGCACUAUUUUUGUUGACAUGUAUUAAUACAUAAUUGUAAGCAGUCUAUUUUUUCAGGAUCAUCUAGUAAGAGUUUACAUAUAUUUGCAUAAGUACAAUAGCACGAACUGAAAUAUAUUUUUGAACAGAGUGAAAUUCUUAACUUAGUUAAUGUAGAAUACAUUUUUGAAAUGCGGUGUUUCUCAUUAUAAGAGUUACUGAUUUAUACAAAUUUUACCUCAAAUAUGCAUAUGCUGGUGUCACUUUUUCUGUAUUCUGAAAACUAAGUAUUAAAAGUUGUUUUUCCACAAAAA